GAUGUUCGUGGGGACAUGGAAUGUCGGAGGAAAGUCGCCCUACGACGGUUUAAAUUUGAGAGAUUGGCUAAAGUCACCUGCUCCUGCUGACAUCUACGUGCUAGGGUUUCAAGAAAUUGUUCCACUAAAUGCAGGCAACGUAUUAGGGGCGGAAGACAACGGACCAGCUGCCAAGUGGCUUUCUCUUAUUCGUCAAGCAUUGAACAGCGACAACAAGACUGACCACGAACGUCCUCAAUAUCACAGCAAUGCCACUUGGCUACAUGGUGACCAGCAAACCAACCUGAAACCCAGACUGAGUUUCUCCAAUCUCCUAUCUCUCGAAGAUGAACUCGGCCAAGACGAUUUUGCAAGACUGUUAAAUUUUCAAUCAAAUUUGAACUCUGCAGAAGAAGAUUCCCCUAACCCACCGUCCAUGGCGGGCAGUCCACUGCAGCGCCGCUACUGUCUUGCAGCCAGCAAACAGAUGGUGGGGAUAUUCUUGUGUGUGUGGGUUCGAGCGGAUCUUUAUAGACAUAUAAACAACCUGAAAGUCUCCUGCGUUGGCCGUGGAAUUAUGGGUUAUCUUGGAAAUAAGGGUUCGAUAUCCAUUAGUAUGAGGUUGCACCAGACGAAUUUCUGCUUGGUUUGUACGCACUUGACCUCAGGAGAGAAAGAAGGUGAUGAGAUCAGAAGAAAUUUAGACGUUACUGAAAUAUUGAAGAAAACCAGGUUCUCACAUUCAUAUAAAGAUCUUCAACAACCACCACCUGAAAGUAUAUUGGAACAUGACAUAAUUGUUUGGCUUGGGGACUUAAAUUAUCGGCUUGCUUCUGGUCGUGGUGACAUGCAUGAACUGCUAAAGAGAAAUGAUUGGCAAGCCCUGUUAAAGAGAGAUCAGCUAAAGAUAGAACAGAGGGCUGGUCGAGUAUUUGAAGGUUGGGAAGAAGGGAGGAUAUAUUUUCCUCCAACUUACAAAUACCUGACAAAUUCAGAUCAUUAUGUUGUUCAAACAUCAAAAUCCAAAGAAAAGCGGCGAACACCUGCCUGGUGUGAUCGGAUAUUGUGGAGAGGGGAAGGACUUAAACAAAUUUGUUAUAUAAGAGGAGAGUCCAGAUUCUCAGACCACAGACCAGUCUAUUCACUGUUUUCUGUCCAUGUCAAUUUAGCAAAUAAGCCUAAGUUUCACACAAUUGCUCCGAGAUCCUGCUCAUCAGAGGUUUCAACAAAUACUGCUUUGUCAUCUUCUUGUGUGGCCAAAAUCCAAGCUGAAGAACUAAGUUUCACAUAUUAAAACAUAUAAGAAGUGAAACUUUAAUGGUUAACGGCGAAGUUACUGCUGGAAUAGUCUGGUAGUUUGACAGACUAACACAGGUGCCGAUGAGCAUCACCUGACACCUCUAAUGUCCCGGUAUUUUUUAACAGUUUGGGACUCUGUGGCUGAUGAUGUUCAUAUUAGGGAUAUGUAUAGACCUAUUAGCUCGAGGCAUAGUUCUCUACUGUUUUCAUUGUUUUUUUGCAAUGUGACGAAUCGGAUGGGUAAUAUGAUCCAAACUGCAUGUGAGUUUGGUGUGGAUUCUCAUUGCAUGCUUGAUUUUGGUCGCGUCGAGGAUGGGGAUGACAUAAAUAUGACGAUUAGUUGGAUUACUAAUCAAGUAGAGGAGAUGGUAAUGGUAUAUGUGAAGCAGAAGACAUCAAGGAAAUGAUGCUCUGGUUAAGAGAACGUUGUCUUACAUGUUUCAUUACUUUAUUUUGUUGGUGGAUAAAAAACAGAUAGUAAUCCUGAUUUAAGUUAAAUUGUAAAGGGAAAGGAGUAUAGCUAUCUAGAGAAAGUUACCGCUGCAGGAAACUUGAAGGAGACAAGGUAGUCUUUAGUGAAUGUGAUUUGAAGUUUUUGUUCCUUAAAGCCUUGCCUUGUUAGCCGGUUUUGUUAAUGAAAUUUUUGCAAUUUUGUGAUCCA